AUGCAGAAAGAAUCUUGGAACUCGAUGAGUAUCAUUCUUGUUACUCUUUCUUUUCUCUUUGUGUUCUUUUUUAGUUCUCAGGAUGUAUUUUCGGCUCCUUCUUCUAGGCACUUGUGUCUUCCUGAACAAAGGGAUGCACUUCUCGAGUUCAAAAACGAGUUUGAGAUUGGCGAACUUUCUCGUUAUUGUUAUAGUGUUGGUCAACCGAAAACGGAGUCAUGGGUGAAUAACAACGACUGCUGUUCUUGGGACGGUGUCGCGUGUGACACCAAAUCUGGGGAAGUGGUCGAGCUAGACCUUCAUUGCAGUCGCCUCCAUGGCAUGUUUCGUUCCAAUAGCAAGCUUUUUAGGAUUCAAAGCCUUCGAUCUCUUGACCUUUCACGUAAUGAUCUCAGCGGUCAAAUUCAUUGGUCCAUUGGAAAUUUUUCUCAUCUUACCACUCUCGAUCUUUCUAAUAAUUACUUUAGUGGUAGGAUUCCUGCUUCGACUGGAAAUCUUUCGCAUCUCACCUCUCUCAACCUCGAUUAUAACAGUUUUGAUGGUGAAAUCCCAUCUUCACUUGGAAAUCUUUCUCAUCUCACCUUUCUUCACCUCGAUGGUAACAAUUUAGUUGGUGAAAUCCCAUCUUCACUUGGAAAUCUUUCGCAUCUCACCUCUCUCUACCUUGAUUUCAACAACUUUGAUGGUGAAAUCCCAUCUUCACUUGGAAGCCUUUCUAAUCUCACCUAUCUCAGCCUCAAACUUACCAAUUUAGUUGGUGAAAUCCCAUCUUCUUUUGGUAGUUUGAACAACUUGUACUACUUAGAUGUUGACUACAAUAAGCUUAGUGGUAGCUUCCCUCUUCCACUAUUAAACUUGACAAAACUGUCAGCUUUAUCACUCUCCGAUAAUCAGUUCACAGGAACGCUUCCUUCUUCUCUCUUCACCCUUGCUUCUUUGGAUUUUUUAAAUUUGAGAAAUAACCAAUUCAACGGCACUCUUGAAUUAGGAAAUAUAUCUUCAUCAUCUAAGCUAAAAGGGUUAUUCCUAGGCAAUAACAACUUCGUAGGGUCAAUCCCCACAUCCCUUUCUAAAUUAGUCAACCUUGACACACUUGACCUCUCUUUUUUAAACACCCAAGGCCCAAUUGACUUUAACAUCUUCUCUCAUCUCAAGUCGCUGGAAGAGCUUGACAUAUCCGAUAUGAACACAACCACUACGAUUGACUUGAAUGCAAUCUUAUCAGUUCUCAAGAGGCUCAGGAUAUUGGAUCUCUCAGGCAACCAUGUUUCAGCCAUAAACAAUAUUUCAGUUUCAGAUCCUUCUUCGCGAUCGAUUAUGGGAUUAAGCUUGUCAGGAUGCGGAAUCACCGAGUUUCCCGAGUUUUUAAGAACCGAACACGAAAUCUGGAGUCUCGACAUUUCCAACAACAGAAUCAAAGGUCAAGUUCCUGGAUGGUUAUGGACGCUACCACAUCUGUAUUAUGUGGAUCUUUCCAGCAACAGUCUCACCGGUUUCGAAAGAUCAACGAAACAUAGAUUAUCCACUGUCCCGGAACCAUCUAUGAAAGACUUGCUUGGCUCCAACAACAAUUUCAGUGGAAAUAUUCCCUCUUUCUUGUGCAUGUUUAAGUCUCUACGAGUUCUAGACUUAUCUAACAAUAACUUCAAUGGUUCAAUCCCUCGGUGUAUGGGAAAUUUUAUCAAAAGGUCUCUAUUAGUUCUAAAACUUGGCGAUAAUCAGCUUAGUGGAAAAAUGCCGGAUAUAUUUCUCAGUGGCAGCAAUCUAACGUCACUCAAUGUUGCUCACAACCAAUUGGUAGGGAAACUUCCGAGAUCUUUGUCUAGUUGUUCUUCUUUGGAGGUUCUAAACGUGGAACACAACAAAAUCAACGAUACUUUUCCAUUUUGGUUAGAAUCUUUGCAACAACUACAAGUAUUGGCCCUCCACUCUAAUAAGUUUCAUGGGUCGUUACAAUACCAUCCCAAGGUUGCUUCUCCGUUUCCUCAGUUGCGAAUCAUUGACAUAUCAUAUAAUUCCUUCACCGGAGUCUUACCAUCUGAUUUCUUCAUGUAUUGGAGUGCCAUGUCUAAAGAGGGAGAUCGUUCAAAACUGAAGUACAUUGGAGGAGAUAAUACUUUGUACCGAGAGUCGUUGGUUUUGAUGAAUAAAGGAGUAGAGCUGACAUACACGACUAUCAUUACACUCUUAACCGCUAUUGAUAUCUCAGGAAAUAGACUCCAAGGAGAGAUCCCUAAGUCUAUUGGUCUACUGAAGAAUCUUAUUGUGCUCAAUCUGUCAAGCAAUGGUUUUAGUGGCAACAUCCCUUCAUCUAUGGCGAAUCUGACUGAGCUCGAGUCCUUAGACUUAUCGCAUAACAAGCUUUCAGGCCAAAUCCCACCUGCUCUCGGAGUCCUCACAAGUCUAUCUAAGAUUGUGGUUUCCCACAACCAACUCACUGGUCCAAUACCGCAAGGGACACAGUUUCAAACGCAAGAUGCUUCGUGUUUUGAAGAUAACCUUGGACUUUGUGGUCGUCCUCUCAGUAAAAGUUGUGGAGACAAAGACAGAGAGAAGUCACAAGAACCAGAAUCAGAGGAGAAAGAAGAAGAAGGAGUAUUGAGCUGGACUGCCGCUGCCAUAGCCUUAACACCUGGAGUCAUCAUCGGAUUCACAAUUGGGCACAUUGUGAUUACACAAAAGCCUCAUUGGCUCGUGAAGAUAUUUGGCAUGACGAGUUUCACCCAUCCAUUUGUUACUAGAUGGUGCAUUUAG